AUGACGAAGCGACUCUUCAAGCCUCGCGUGGUCAUUCAUGGCGGUGCUGGCAACAUCCUGCGUCAAGACUUUCAAAAAGAAGAAUAUGAGCAAUAUAGAACCGCCCUGCUGUCAAUCGUCUCCAAGACAAAUAAAUACGUGACGCAGAUACUGCCUGGCGAAGGUGAUUCAUGUCAACCCUCGACCGGAGACAGACGUCCGUCUGCACUCGAUAUUGCUACAUACGCCGUCACCCUCCUUGAAGACCACCCGUUGUUCAACAGCGGCCAUGGAUCAGUCUUCACACGCGAUGGAACCAAUGAGCUCGAGGCCUCAGUCAUGGCCUCUGACGGGCUCAAAAAGCGAUGCGUGGGAGUCAUGGGGGUGCGAAACGUCAAGAAUCCCGUCAUCCUGGCGCGGAAGAUCUUGGAGCACGGAGAACAAGAUCUUGAAGUUGAGAACGAGCUUGAGCCCCGUACUACCUCGCAUAACGACCAAGGUGGUCCAGCCCGGCCGUCCCCGUUGACCAAAAAGCCACUUGAUGUUCCAUUCGCACAGGGUCAUACCCUCAUUCGCGGAGAAGCUGCAGAGAUUCUUGCGUCAAGAUAUGGGUGUGAACUUGUUCCACCAAGCUACUACUUCACUCAGAAGCGAUGGAAUGAGCACAUUCAAGCGCUGGACAAGGAGAAAAGAGGAGAGAGUCUCGCCACCUGGGAUCCUGAGGAAUAUCUGCCGCAAGGAACUUGCGGUGCCGUCGCCAUGGACGAGCACGGAGCUAUUUGUGCAGCAACAAGCACCGGCGGUCUCACAAAUAAGAUCUCCGGCCGAAUUGGUGACACUCCGAUUCCCGGCGCGGGCUUUUGGGCAGGUCAGUGGGAUGAGAGCAGCCCGUCUGUCACUCGUUCAGUCUGGAAUCAACUACCUCAAAGCUCCACGGGGCUGAUUUCCCACGAGAGGAUGAGUACAUCAUCACCCGGCCUCUGGCAGAUCUCGUUGCCUAUUUCACGACUCUGGACCAGGUCGAAAGAGCCGAGUGAAUGGUCACAAGGGGUCACUUCCAUAAGAUCAAUCGGCCUUUCCGGCACCGGAACCGGCGACUCCUUUGUGCGAACCGCUGCUGCGCAGGGUGUCCUCGGUCUAGCCCAGUGGAAACCCGAGACGGGCACCAAUGCUCUCAAGUAUGUAGCUGGUGCGGACGGGAUACUUCAACAAAAUGCCGGUGAUCGAUGGAGCAAGACUGGAGAAGGCGAAGGAGGAAUGAUCGGCAUUGAGAGCAUGAUAUUACGGGACAAGAGCGGCGAAGUGGUAGGGACCAAAUCUGUGUUGUUGAUGGACUACAACUGUGCGGGAAUGUACCGAGCCUGGGUAGAUGACAGUGGUCAGCCGAGGAUGAGCAUCUGGACAAAUGGCGCUGAGGACGACGAAGCCAAAGAAUGGUUUCCAUAG